AUGGCCAAACUGAGCCUACUACUACUACUAGUAAUACUUGGACUGGUCAUCUUCUUCACCCCUACUCUCUCUUGUCCUGAAUAUCAAAAAGAAGCCCUUCUCCACUUUAAAGCCUCCAUCAUCAAUGCUACUUCUUCAACAGAAAGCACAUUAUUAAAUCGGUUACAAUCAUGGAGUUCCAGCUCAGAUUGUUGCAACUGGGACAGGGUCAGUUGUAGUUCUAGCUUUAGUUCUAGGAUUGUGAUUGCUCUAUAUUUGGAGGACCUCAUCUUGCAGAAGGAUCCCAUGAUGUUGACAUCCACCAUCUUGACACCGCUCUUUCGUAUUAAAAGCUUGACGUACCUUGACUUGUACCACAAUCGAAUACAAGGAGAAUUGCCAGGUGACGGCUUUGCCAACCUCACCAAAUUAACUUAUCUUGAUUUGACUGGCAAUGACUUCAUUGGCUCCAUUCCCUCUCAACUUUUUAACUUGAGGUAUCUCCAAUAUCUUAAUAUGCGUUAUAAUUCAUUCCAUGGAAAUAUCCCUAAGGAGAUAGGGAAUUUGACAAAGUUGCAAGAAUUGUGUCUUCAAGACAACAAUUUCUUUGAUGAAAUUCCCUCUUCAAUUCAGAAUUUGAAGGAAUUGAAAGUAUUGGAAUUGAGUCACAAUUCAUUAUCCAUGGAAAUUCCUAUUGAUAUUGGCAAUCUAUCUAACAUAGUCAACUUGUGCUUGAUAGACAAACAAGCUCACGGGUAUAAUCCCAUCAUCCAUACAGAAAUUGACAAACUUGGAAACACUUCAAUUGGAAAACAACUUACUCCUUGGAGAAAUUCCAUCCGGGAUUUUCAAUAUCACAGGUCUUGUGGUCUUAAAGGAAAGAUUCCAUACUGGAUUUCUAUGCAUAAGACUCUGGAAUUUCUGGACUUGAGUGAUAACCAAUUAGAAGGAAUGUUACCACACUGGCUUGUUGAAAUGAAGAUGCAAUAUAUAAUUAUGUCAGAUAACAAUCUUACUGGUUCGCUCCCACCUGGUCUCUUCGACUAUUCAAAUUUAGUUCUUCUUUGCCUGUCCCGAAACGAUUUUCAUGGAGAACUGCCAAACAAUAUAGGUAAUGCAAAUUCAAUCAUGGCUCUUAUGUUGGAUGGAAACAAUUUUUCAGGGAAGGUUCCUGAAUCCAUCAACAACAUUAGUUACCUCGUUUUAUUAGACUUGUCAAAUAACAAAUUUUCUGGCAACACUUGGCCAAAUUUUUGGUAUUCAAGCCCUGAAAUCAUUGAUUUUUCUUCAAAUGAAUUCUCUGGUGAAAUUCGAACUAACUUUUUUGAUAAAACUAGAAUUCUUGCAUUGGGCAAAAAUAAGUUUUCUGGCAACUUGUCAAGAACUCUUACUAAUAUGAGGAAGCUUGAAUACCUAGACAUCCAUGACAACAAAAUCACAGGCGAAUUACCAGAUUUUAUCUGCCAAAUCUCCACCCUUCAAAUCCUAAAUUUAGGAAACAACUCCCUCCACGAUUCAAACCUUGAUUGUAUUUCCAAUCUUACUAGCCUCUGA